AUGUGUACCAAUUUUGAGAACUCAUUAAAAAGAAAAACAGCCUUUAAAGCUUCGAAGAAGGGUAAAGCAAAGGAGCAAAAAUCCAGUGAAAGCUUAGAAGAAGAUUCAGAGGAUGAAGUUGCUCAUCUUGUUAGAAAAUUAAAAAGAGGAUCUAGUAAAUACAAGGGAAAGUUGCCUUUGAAGUGCUUUAGCUGUGGGAAGAUAGGUCACUUUGCAUCAAAGUGUCCCUAUGAAAAAGAAGAGGACAGUGAUGAUGAAAGAAGUUCGAAGUUCAAAAAUUCCAAGAGUGAGGAAGAAAAUCAAAAUGAUGAAAUUUUGUUUAUGGCUGUAGAAGACACUCAAGAAGAAGAAGAAUAUUUUGAUGAAGUAGAGGUUGAUCUUGAACAAGAGCUGAUUAGUGCUCUAAAUGAGAUUAAAAAAUUAAAGAAGAAAAAUCAGAAUCUUAAGCAGUUGUUACAAGAAGAAAAUAACAAAUUUUCUAAGAAAUCUAUGGCUUUAGAAGCUGCUAAAAAGAUGGUUGCUGAUCUAAUAAUUCAAUCUGAAGAAGCAAGAAAGACAAAGGAAGAGCUGAGAAAACAAAUAAAAGAAAAGGAGCUCAAUUGUGAGAAACUUGAUUGA